CUCUCAUCCAUUGAUUUCUUCUUCUUUGCCAAACCUUCCUUCAUCAAAGCCCUCAAAUCUUCACACCAAUUUUCAUCUCAAUUAAAGCUCAAAUCUUCACUAAUUUGCCCCCAUUUUCUUCCCCCUUCUGUCUUAUCCUCUCAUUUCCCUCGAUUAUCAUCUCUUUUUUUUAGACCUUUGCUGGGUUCGUCACGAACCCAGGCGUGACUUGGGUCCAUCGCGCCCGAGUUCAUCUUGGGUUCGUGAUGAACCCAGAGCAUGCUUGGGUGGGUUCGUCCUGGGUUCUUCGCAAACCCAAGAUGAACCCAGCUCACGAGGCUGGGUUGGCAACGAACCCAGCUUGCGCCUGGGUUCGUCACAAACCCAAGCAGUUUUGCGAAAGGGAUGCAGUGAGUCCUGUAUUCUGCGUCCCUGUCUUUAGUGGAUCGACAACGCUGAGGCCUAAGGCCACGCCACCAUUUUCGUCGCCAAGUUUUUUGGUCGCUCUGGCCUCAUCUCCUUCCUUUCCACCAUUUCAGAAUCUCAGCGUCCUGGUGGCGGUGGAGACCAUUCUCCUUGGUGGAACUUUCUGGCCAUUGCCGGAGUUGACGGUUUCUCCACUAGCAUCCAAUGAAACUUCAGAAGCAACUUGGACAGAUACUCGAAAGCUCCAAGAAAUAAUGAAUCUGAACUUGAACUUCAGAUUUACAAAUUUGAGAUCCAAGGUCUCGCCAAAGCAAAAGAUGGAGGAGGAAUUUAAGAAACCACUUCCAUCCGAUCUGGAUCUCUGCUUGACCCCUACCUUCAUAGCCAAGGAAGUGACGGACGGCAGGCAUCCGGACACUCCAUCCGGUGUUACAGCCUGCUUGGACAGUGGGUUCGGAGCAAAGUUGAAAGGAGGAUUUUAUGUUGACCCUGAAGCCAAGCUUUUGUUUCUGGAGUUGUUUGUUUGAGAAGAACAUGCUUUUUUUUUUUUUGAUAGAGAUUGAGAACCUAGCUCGCACUUGGGUUUGUGA